AUGGAUCCAUCCCCCCCAGGACGAAGACCUGAUUUGACAGCGAAGGGGAAAAAGGAGUUGGUUGCUCGCUUUCCAAGAAAGAGUGGCAAGGAAAGCAGAGGCGAGGUCAAGCAGCGCUGCACGUCAGCAUACACCAUUCCAAGCCAACAGGUGCUUUCUAGAUCAACGGUUUCCACACCGCAUCGCACACAGCCACAACCAACUCGUCUGGACACUUGCGCAGGAAACUGCCAAGUGGCAAGGAAAGCAGAGGCGAGGUCAAGCAGCGCUGCACGUCAGCAUACACCAUUCCAAGCUAACGGAUGUUUUCAGAAUAACAUUUUUCGCACCACAUUGCGCAUAACCACAACCAACCCGUCUGGACACCUGCGCAGGAAACUGCCAGUGAAAUACGACAAUAAAGACCGUCCAGAAAAAAGAAACGUAAGCUCACCUGGGAACGAAACGCCCAGAGAGUCGACACUAGUAAAAAAGAGUGGAGUGGAAAACAGAGGCGAAGUCAAGCAGCACUGCACGUCAGCAUGCACCAUUCCAAGCCAACGGAUGUUUUCUAGAUCAACGGUUUCCACACCGCAUCGCACACAGCCACAACCAACUCGUCUGGACACUUGCGCAGGAAACUGCCAGUGA